ACACCAUAUCGUUUGUUUGUGUUUUGUUAGCGUCGUUGCAGGCAUGGAAAUAAGACUCCUAUUACAUAGCAGUUACACCCAUUCCAGGUUUUAAUACCACAGUGUAUAGGUGACAAGAUCAGAUGUGUCUUAUUAAACUCCUAGUAAAACCAGGAAUGGGUCAAACUGCUAUGCAGUGGGAGUCUUGUUUCCAUGCCUGUCAUCGUAAUAUAAAUUACUGAUCUAGUACAAUAUUGAGCUUAAAACCACUAUUUAUUUAUUAUUAUUAAAACCACUAAUUAUUUAUUAUUAUUAAAACCACUAUUUAUUUAAAAAAAAAACAGUUGUUCACAACUAUGUAAUCGCCGUAAUUUGCGUCAAUGGUCGGUACCUCACUCCUGCAUACAGUAGUUGCACCUUGCCAGAAUUGCCAGAAAUCUGUGCUGCAAUAAAAACACUAACAACAAAAAACAAAUUAUAAUGUUGCCGGAAAGCAAAAGAUCAGUUUGCAUGUUUUUACAUUUUACAAGAGCAAAUAAAUAAAUAGAUUGUAGGACUAUUCUAGUCCAGCCUUGGUAUGUACUUUGAGAAAAACAUUGAGGACAAUAUCAGACAACUGGAAAGGCCUUUGAGAACCUGGAGUUGAGUAGCGUUUCAGAGGGCUGACAUGGGCACACUUCUAGAAACACUCACUUUGUGAUGCUGAAGGAGGAGGCGACAGUGAGGAUGAGGCUGAGUUGCCCCCAGUGGAGGAUGAUCUCCCCAGCACGUCCGGAGUGAGCAUGAGGAAACGCCGCCGCUCUGCAGGGUGCGAGGAGGAGGGGGUGAGCCGGUCAGUACAGCGCGCGUUCGCCUCAAUGUUGGGAGAGGGGGAGGAAGAGGAGGACGAGGAAGACGAUGGUGAGGAGGAUGAGGAGGGGGAUGAUGAGGAGCAGACUGAGGCCCUUUCCGCAGGGGACGUCUUUGCGCUGGAGAUAGAGCUCAACCGAGAGAACAAGAAGAUGUUGAAGGAGAGGCGUCACCGCAGCAAGCUGCCCAAGGCUCUGCGUGGUCUGAUGGGGGAGGCUAAUAUCCGCUACGCCCGUGGGGAUAAGGAGGAUGCCAUCACUAUGUGCAUGGAGAUCAUCAGGCAAGCUCCGCUGGCCUACGAGCCCUUCUCCACUCUAGCCAUGAUCUAUGAGGACCAGGGCGACAUGGAGAAGUCACUGCAGUUCGGCCUUAUUGCCGCCCAUCUCAACCCCAGCAACCGAGAGGAGUGGGUCAAGCUGGCAGAAAUGUCCCUGGAGCAGGACAACAUAAAGCAGGCCAUCUUCUGCUACUCCAAAGCCAUCAAGUACGACCACAGCAAUGUGCGUUACCUGUGGGAGCGCUGCAGCCUGUAUGAGCAGGUGGGGGAGCACAAGCUGGCCAUGGAUGGGUACCGGCGCAUCCUCAACCUGCUGCCCCCUAGUGAUGGGGAGCACUUCAUGCAGCUCUCCAGGGACAUGGCCAAGAGCUACUACGAGACGAACGACCUGGUGUCUGCAAUCGGGGUUAUGGAAGAGGCGCUUGCGAAGCACCCCAGCCUGGUCACUGCGGAGGGGGUCAACAUGGCAGCUGAGCUCUACAUCUCCAACAAGGAGUACCCCAAGGCCCUGGAGGUGAUGCUGCAGUUCUGUGGGAUUUCUCUGGAGAGGAUCUCUUCUGGAGAGCAAUGUGCAGAGAGAGAUGAGAGCGAGGAGGUGUGCAGUGUGGAGAUCCCGGAGGACGUGCCUGUGGAUAUCCGGGUCAAGCUCAUGGUGUGUCUCAUCCACAUGCAGAUGCUGAAGCCUCUCGACGUGCUGCUGACCUGUCUGAUGGAGCAGAGCCCCGAGGAGAUGGGGGAUCUCUACCUGGACGUGGCAGAGGCUUUCCUGGACAUCGGGGAGUACAACUCAGCCCUGCCCCUGCUGAGCGCACUCGUCUGCUCCGAGAGGUACAACCUGCCCGUGGUGUGGCUUCGGCACGCAGAGUGUCUGAAGGCGCUGGGGCACAUGGCAGUGGCUGUGGAGAGCUACAGUAAGGUGGUUGAGAUGGCCCCUCUGCACCUGGAUGCCAGGAUCUCCCUGUCCACUCUGCAGCAGCAGCUGGGCCGGCCGGAAAAGGCUCUGGAGGCUCUGGAGCCCAUGCACGACCCCGACACACUGGCACAGGACUCGGGGGCAGCUCAGCAGGAGCUGAAGUUGCUGCUGCACCGCUCCACGUUGCUCAAGUCUCAAGGGAAGAUGUACGACUACGUGGACACUCUGCUCACCAUGCUCGCCAUGCUGUUGAAGGUCGCAAUGAACAGGGCCCAGGUGUGCCUGAUCUCCAGCUCCUGUUCCGGGGAGAGACACCUCUACCUCAUCAAGGUGUCCCGGGACAAAAUCUCAGACAUUGAUGACCAGGAGGCUGCCUACCUAGAUGUGAUAGGGAAGACGAGUGUGCUUGCGAGGGAGGACUGGUGGCAGCUGCUGCUCCGCUCUGUGUAUACGCUGUGCGAGCUGAGCCGCUUCAAGGAGGCCGAGCUGCUGGUAGACUCCUCUCUGGAGUACUACUCCUUCUACGAUGACCGGCUCAAGAGGAAAGAGCUUGAGUACUUCGGCCUGUCUGCGGCUAUCCUGGACAAGAACUUCCGCAAGGCCUACAACUACAUCCGGUUGAUGCUGAUGGACAAUGUGGAUCGGCCCCAGCUGUGGAAUGUUUUUAACCAGGUGACGAUGCAGUCCCAGGACGUGCGGCACCACCGCUUCUGCCUGCGCCUCAUGCUGAAGCACCCUGAGAACCACGCGCUCUGCGUGCUCAACGGGCACAACGCCUUCGUCUCGGGCAGCUUCAAGCACGCCCUGGGUCAGUACGUGCAGGCGUUCCGAGCCCAGCCCUCUGAGCCCCUGUACAGUCUGUGCGUCGGCCUAACCUUCAUACACAUGGCCUCUCAGAAGUUCGUCCUAAAGCGCCACCCUCUGCUGCUGCAGGGCUUCUCCUUCCUGAACCGUUACCUGGAGCUGCGGGGGCCCUGCCAGGAGAGCUUCUAUAACAUGGGCAGGGCUCUACACCAGCUGGGCCUGGUGCACCUGGCAAUCCACUACUACCAGCGUGCCCUCACCUGCCCUGCGCCACACCUCGAGGGAAUUGAGGAUGACCAGGUAGACCUGCGCAGAGAAAUCGCCUACAAUCUCUGUCUGAUCUACCAGAGCAGCGGCAACAUGGUCAUGGCUCGCCACCUCAUCAGCACCUACUGCACCAUCUGAGCUCUACCUCCCCCUUCUCAAUCUGAGCUCUACCUCCCCUUUCCCAAUCUGAGCCCUGCCUCUCCCUUCCCAAUCUGAGCCCUGCCUCUCCCUUCCCAAUCUGGGCCCAGCUGUGACUGGUCUGUUCAACGUGGCCUCCAGCCAUCAGCAGCAAGGGGAUAAGACACUUGUACAGAACUGUGGAGGCUGUCUCUCAGCACAGAAUCACGACAUGCCAUAAUCCUGAAGCAUACUUCCAAUUUGAUGGAAAACGUAGGAUUGCAUUGAUGUGAGCCAUGAAUGUGUCAUCCACAUCCUGUGAAAAUGAUGUAAUAUACACUAUAUAUAUAACAAAAGGACCACAGAAAUGCUAAAAUGGCUUCCUGUUUUAAGGUAUUAUUGUUUAUCUUUCAAUCUAUGCAUAUUUUUAGACACAUCUUCUGGUAAUUGAAAUAUUGUAAAUAUUUCUAAUAAGACUUCCAGUUGUGUCUCUAAAGGGAAGAUCCAGUGUGUAGCCCUCACCUGAUUUUGUGUUUCAGGCAGAGCUAUUUUAGUAUCACUGGGUGGUCUCCUGGAAUGUGAAUAUUGAGGACAUUUUACUUUUUUGCAGGCGUAAUUAAAGAUUUUGUUUUAUCAUUUUA